GAUGAAUACAUGUGCGCUUCUUCUCGCCGAGUGACUGAGUCCACACAGCAGCCGGAGCCGCAGCAGUGCACGCGCAUCCCGGAGAGAGAGCGAGAGAUAUAGAGAGAUUGAUAGUGAGAGAGACCUGCUGCGUUUAGUUUAGUCUGGAGAUUAUCAUCAUCACCAAUUCCCUACAAACAUGGCUGACCAGUUAACAGAGGAGCAGAUCGCAGAGUUCAAGGAGGCAUUCUCCUUAUUCGACAAGGAUGGUGACGGCACCAUCACGACCAAAGAGCUGGGCACAGUCAUGCGGUCGUUGGGCCAGAACCCCACGGAGGCAGAGCUGCAGGACAUGAUCAAUGAGGUGGACGCUGACGGAAAUGGAACCAUAGAUUUCCCAGAGUUCUUGACGAUGAUGGCCAGAAAAAUGAAGGACACAGACAGCGAGGAAGAGAUUCGCGAGGCGUUUCGGGUAUUUGACAAGGACGGUAAUGGCUACAUCAGUGCUGCAGAGUUGCGUCAUGUCAUGACAAACCUCGGCGAGAAGCUGACAGAUGAAGAGGUGGAUGAGAUGAUCAGAGAAGCCGACAUAGAUGGUGAUGGUCAGGUGAACUAUGAAGAAUUUGUACAGAUGAUGACCGCAAAGUGAAGCCGCCUCCUUCUGCCGUGCCCUCUUAGAAGAGAAAAAAAAAUCAGUCAAAUGUUUUACUUACCUCUUGGGAAAAAAAAAA